CAGUUUUUCAUAGCCCUCAUGUACCGGUACUCGUAUCGUUCACACUGUUCGUUCACUCACUAUUUUAUUUUUAUUUUUUCCUUUCUCGUCCCCUGCCUUUCCUCUUCUCUCCCAUCAUGUCCUCACCCCCCCUCCUUAUUUUUCUCGCUACCAGCAUCUCCCUCUUUUUUCCCACUCUGCUGUCUCAAACUGGAUUGAUUCUGAAUGAUGAUCAGUACCAGAAUAGAGGAAAAAUAAGGGGUGGGUGAAAAAUCUGUUAUUGUGAGUAUUUGCUGAUGAAGAAAUUUCUUUUCUUUUUUUCUUUUUUCUUUCCUUUUUCCUUUUUUUUUUUCGUGUGUCAGGAGAGCCGAACUUCAGGAUCCGAGGGUUUUUGUUACGAGGAUCUAGUGGUAUUUGAGGACAAGCUCAUGACGGCAGAGGUUGGGAAAACUCAUGAAACUCUGACAGUUAGCCGGUAACCGCACAAUUCAGGCUGAACCUACCGCUCGCUGAGUAUCCUUUAUCAGAUCUAAGGCUCAGUUCCACCAAUUAGAUAAUUUUUCUAAGGGUCUAGUCCUCUCAACCAACCAAAGCCUCACGCUACUAUCCUCCGACCCAUCCAUCCAUCAAUUUAAACUUCAACCCCCAUCUCUCCAAGCUCACCUGCAAUAUCCCUGUCCUUUUAUUGGGAAAACAACUCCCAUACUUAUGCCUUCGAAAGACGAAGAUGCUGAAUUUGCAAAGGCCUACAGGGACCUGAUGGAAGCUGAGAAACAUGCAGCUACCCUGGAAAACCAGUUGAAUUCGCUCGAGCACAAAUUGGACUCGUUUCUAGCUGAGCAUGAGGGCAAACAUCCUGAAUCCGACAACACUAAUGCUUCGGGAAGCAUUAGUGGUGGUGCAUUUGGGACAGGGGUAAAUGCUCCGCAAGGUGGUGAUGUGGAGAAAGCUCCGAAGGAUUCUCAAUGAGCGUGUGUAAUGGUUUUUGGCGGGCGGGAAUGGUAGUAACAUUGUUUGCGGAGCUUGGAUAAGCCAGGUUAUCAUUUCGUGCUUAGUGAUUAUCGCUUAUCGAGGGAAUGUGGUGGAGUGGAUUGUUGCCCAGGUCUACUCGAACCGUGCCGGAUAUUAAAAUAUAGCACGGCCUGUUGAUGUCAUGACUUUUGUACGUACCGGACUAUCUUUUGGUACUGCCCC